UUUGAGCAAGAUGGAUGAGAAGAGAAAGGCAACGCGUUGUGGGAGGAAAAUUACCACACAGAGCAAGUACAGCUCAGGUGAAUAUGUUGUAUCUGCACGCAAGAAUGUUCAGACUGAAAGUACAGCUAAUUCGUCAAAAAGACUUCAGCCUGCAAUACAGCAAACCAGUGAAACAGGAGGUGCGCCCACUUUGCAGAUUGCUCUUGACAAAGCAAAACUAACAAUAGAGAUGCAAAAGCAGAAGAUUCUUCAUCUUCAGGAAAAAGUUGACUCCCUGACAGAUGACAAACAUUUUCUCAGAGCAAGAUUGGAAGAUGCACUUCUGAGGCAUGAAGCCGUAAUGUCUCCUGCACAGACACUGUCUGCAUCUUCAUCCAAUACUGCUGCAUCCAAGGAGAAGGUGUCCAGUGAUGAAUCUUCUGAUUCCUCAGAAUCUUCAGAUUCAUCAGAUUCCGAACCAAGAACAAAGAAGAAGAAAAAGGAUAAAAAACGAAGAAACAAGAAAAAAUCCAAGAAACUGAGGGUUGAUUUUAGGAGAGUAAAAAACCCUGAAGACUCCAUCAAACGCUACCACAAAGUGUUACACCUGGUAAAUGGUGGCUUCACUAAAGCUGAAGCGUACAACAAAAUGAAUGUUGACAGAAACACAAUUGUCAUGCAAGCCCCCAUUGCUGAGUUGGCAGUUGCAAAUCCUGAAGAAUACAAAGAACUGAGAGCCACUUUUAAAAUGGGAGAAAGCAUCCAAAAAUUUUCUGAUGUCUGUCUUGCAAGGUGCCUGGAUCAGCCUAAUGUAGACAUGAUAAAAAAAUUGAAAGAGAGCAGUGCCCUUCUUGAUAUAUCAAAGAAGUGAGGUAUACUUGUUGCUUAAAGGGAUAGUACACCCAAAAAUGAAAAUUGUCAUUUACUCACCCUCAAGUAGUUCCAAAUCUGUAUGAGAUUUUUCUUCUGCUGAACACAAGGGAAGCUAUUUGGAUGAAUGUUUGCUACCAAACAGAUCUUGGGCACCACUGACUGCCAUAGUAGGAAAAAAUGCUAUGGUAAUCAAUGGGGGCCAGAGAUCUG